GAUUGAAGCGCCCUCUUUGGCUCUAGUCAUAGUUGUGAACAUUGCUCAAAAUUACAAAGUCAAAGUGAAUUUACGAAGCCUUUGAGGGCACAAUUUACAGAUAAUCUGUAAACAUAUAAUGCCAAUAUGUUUCCGAUAGCGCCAGGUAUCACAAGCAUACUGCACAACCAGCAGCUUAACGGUGGACAGACCCCCUUCUCACCUUUCCCUGCUAUGCAGGAAGGUCAGUCGUCCAUUCCAUUCUCAACAUUUCCAACAGAAGGUCAAUCUUCAGGCCUGCCGUUCACAUCUUUCCCAACAGAUGGCCAGACUUCGAUUCCGUUUUCGGUAUUCCCACCCGUUCAGCCACCGGAGGGAGGAUUUGCCUUUCCCCCUCCUCAGCCCCCACCUGGCCCGCCUUCAGGACCACCCAAGCCACCAGGACCUCCCGGUCCUCCCAAACCAUCGGACUUUAUAUGUCCGCCCCGUCCCAACUACGGGACGGAGGGCAAACCAAUCCUACUGCGUGCCAAUCAUUUCCAAGUGCGUAUUCCCAAGGGAGUUCUUCACCACUACGAUAUUUCUAUAGUGCCUGACAAAUGUCCUCGUAGAGUCAACAGGGAGAUUAUUGAGACAAUGGUAACUGCUUAUAGCCAGAAAAUCUUCUCAGGGCAGAAACCGGUGUUUGAUGGACGCAAAAACCUCUACAGUCGCGAGCCUCUUCCCAUUGGUCGAGAAAAGGUGGAGCUGGAAGUUACUCUCCCGGGGGAGGGCAAGGACCGUGUCUUUAACAUAACAAUGAAAUGGGUCCAGCAGAUCAGCCUGUUUGGGCUGGAGGAAGCACUGCAGGGCCACACCCGGGAGAUUCCCCAGGACGCAAUCACCGCCGUCGAUAUUAUCAUGCGUCACUUGCCAAGUAUGACUUACACUCCUGUGGGACGUUCAUUCUUUUCCCCACCGGAGGGGUACGACCACCCCCUGGGAGGGGGCAGGGAGGUGUGGUUCGGCUUCCAUCAGAGUGUGAGGCCCUCCCACUGGAAAAUGAUGCUCAACAUUGACGUAUCUGCCACUGCCUUUUACAAAGCGCAGCCUGUGAUAGAGUUCAUGUGUGAAGUGUUGGAUAUCAAAGACGUCAACGAACAGAAACGCCCCCUCACCGAUUCUCAGAGGGUCAAAUUUACGAAGGAAAUCAGAGGACUCAAGGUAGAGAUCACUCACUGUGGAACCAUGAGACGUAAAUAUCGCGUGUGUAACGUGACUCGACGACCCGCCCAGACACAGUCGUUUCCCCUGCAGCUGGACUCGGGACAGACCGUGGAGUGUACCGUGGCCCGCUACUUCCUGGAGCGAUACAAAAUGAAGCUACAAUACCCUCACUUGCCAUGCUUACAAGUCGGCCAGGAACAGAAGCACACCUAUCUUCCUCUGGAGGUGUGUAACGUGGUGGGCGGCCAGAGGUGUAUCAAGAAGCUGACCGACAUGCAGACGUCCACCAUGAUCAAGGCCACAGCCCGAUCUGCCCCGGACAGAGAGAGAGAAAUCAACAACCUUGUGAGGAAAGCCAACUUCAACGCUGAUCCAUUUCUACAAACAUUUGGAAUAAACAUCAACCCAAUGAUGUGUGACCUACAGGGCAGAGUUCUUCAUCCUCCCAAAAUCCUGUAUGGAGGAAGGACCAAAGCCCAGGCAGUGCCAAACCAAGGUGUGUGGGACAUGAGGGGCAAGCAGUUCUACUCGGGGACGGAGAUCAGGGUGUGGGCCAUCGCUUGUUUCGCUCCCCAGAGGACGGUCAGGGAGGACGCUCUCAGAAACUUCACCCAGCAGCUACAAAGGAUCUCGAACGACGCUGGGAUGCCCAUUCUAGGCCAGCCUUGUUUCUGUAAAUACGCCACAGGCCCCGAUCAGGUGGAGCCCAUGUUCCGAUAUCUCAAGAACACUUACCAAGGCCUCCAGCUCAUCGUCGUUGUACUGCCGGGAAAAACGCCCGUAUAUGCUGAGGUGAAGCGUGUGGGUGACAUUUUAUUUGGAUUAGCCACACAAUGUGUUCAAGCCAAAAACGUGAACAAAACAACCCCCCAGACCCUGUCCAAUCUCUGCCUCAAGAUCAACGUCAAGCUGGGCGGCAUCAACAACAUCCUUCUGCCAAGUAUUCGUCCCUCCAUAUUUAGAGAGCCCGUCAUAUUCCUGGGUGCCGAUGUGACUCAUCCCCCCGCAGGAGAUGCCAGUAAACCAUCCAUAGCUGCAGUGGUAGGCAGCAUGGACGCCCACCCCAGCCGCUACUCCUCCACGGUACGAGUCCAGCAGCACAGACAGGAAAUCAUACAGGAGUUGUCUUCCAUGGUGCGGGAACUCCUGAUCCACUUCUACAAGGCGACGCGAUUCAAGCCGACGCGCAUCAUUUUCUACAGAGACGGCGUCAGUGAGGGACAGUUCCAGCAGGUGUUACAGCACGAGCUGCGUGCCGUGAGAGAGGCCUGCAUGAAGCUUGAGCUUGGAUACCAGCCCGGUAUCACCUUUAUCGUGGUCCAGAAGAGACACCACACCCGACUGUUCUGUGCCGACCGCAAGGACCAGAUAGGACGAAGCGGAAAUAUCCCGGCCGGAACCACCGUGGAUGUCGGAAUCACCCACCCCACAGAGUUUGAUUUUUACCUGUGUAGUCAUGCUGGUAUACAGGGCACCAGUCGCCCCUCUCACUACCACGUUCUGUGGGACGACAACCGGUUCAACGCGGACGAGCUCCAGACGCUGACCUACCAGCUGUGUCACACCUACGUCCGCUGUACCCGCAGUGUCUCCAUCCCCGCCCCUGCUUACUAUGCACAUCUAGUCGCCUUCCGGGCCCGCUACCACCUGGUGGAGAAAGAGCACGACAGUGGAGAGGGGAGUCGGCACUCGGACAACAGUGAGGACAGGACCCCCUCAGCCAUGGCCCGGGCGGUCACCGUUCACCCCGACACAACCAAGGUCAUGUACUUCGCCUGAUCAGGGGAGAUCAAUCCAGGCCCUGUGCUGUUCCUUCCUGGGAGGGAGAAUUCUCUGCAUUUUUAUGUAUUCAGCGAAAAAAAAAAAAUGUGUGGUUCAGAUAGACUGUGCUAAAACCACGCGUGGGUAUUAACUAUUUAUUGUAUAGAACUGUGCUUUUAUUUUUGUUUUUACAAGUAGUCAUGGAAACCAUUUUUGACCUGGUAGAGCAUACAUUCCACUAUUUCUACGAUUUUUUUUUAAACUUGAUGCAUCCUUGACACAAUGCUGCAGCUUGUUGUUGCCAUUAGAGGUGCAUGUGGUGCUUAGAAGCUCAAAAUGAAUCUUCUGCCAUAACUGAGGAAAUCUCAGCAGCGUUUCGAUUGUUAUAUGAGAUGCCAUUUCAUAAGCAUAUCUACAUUUCAGUCAUUCCAUGUAUUUGGGUGUGAGCCCACUAUGGCACAAUACUCCCUGCCCCUCCAUUAUAGCUUAGCAUAUCAUUUGUUGUAUUAGCUAUUUAUGUUUUUCGACUUGCCAUUGUUUAUUUUAUAGUCCCACCAAAAGCAGCGGUAACAGUCCACCUAUGUCAGAGACUAGCAAUGCCACCUGUCAAAGGGAGAAAACCCCCUCUUUAUUUGCUACCACUUUAUUUUCUUUCUUGUAGUCCCGUUGUGUAUAGGUUCCUAUUUAUAGUCCAGUAGUAUUGUAUUUUUUUUUUAUUAUUAAUCUAUUGUUUGAGAGAAAAGAAAAAAAUACAAAAACAAACCUGUGACCUUAUGACCCUGCAUAAUUAGUCUAGUCAUGUUGUGUAAUGAGCAUAUCAUGUCGUCUCGGGGUGAUGUUGUAUCCAUAUCACGAGCCUUCCAGACAGAUCGGGACGUAGCAGCUGUCAACUACUUACUGACCCCUCACCUGUGAUAUGCCUCAGUGAACUCCGUGGUGUGUGGUCCACUGGUUUCAUGGUGUUGUGUAAGGCCCCCCCUCUCCUCCCCCCCCCCCCUCUCUCUCUCUCAGUCCCACACAGGAGAAGCAGGCAUGGAAGGGUGCUCUCUGAUGACUUCACUCUCUACCUCUCCGAUGACAAUCUCUAGAUUCUCUUCUGUGCUUUCUGUCUUUCCUCUUCUCCCCACCCUUCAAAUACAAAACAAAAAGUGCAAUAAGUAGCAUUACAAAGUAAAAACAAAAAAUACAAAACAAAAUGGCAUUGUUAUAUGGUAGACUCCUUACAAUAAUGUGCUCAACAUGCUGUGUGUUAAUGAUUAAUAAUGAUAAGUUAUUCAGUGAUCAAUCAUUAAUCACUAUGCAAUUUUUUGCCUUCCUUCAGAUGUAGUUUUACCAGAUGACUAGCCUCCCCCCCCCCCCUUUUUUUGUAUGGGACUUGGAUAGAGGUCCAUGCAUUAAUACAAAUCAGCAAAUAUAAGUAUUUCAUAUUCAUAAUAUUUAAACCUUUGUACUGUUGUAAAAUUAAUUUGAAAUGUGAAUGUAUUAGUUAGGAGAUUUUGUGGUUUUUCUGUGGCCCAUGUGCAUUAUUUUUGUGUUGUCGGAUCUCGAGUUUUAAUCACAUAUUUAUCAUUGUCCAGUAUUGUGCCAUGAACCAUAUACUGCGAUACCGUACAUACAGGACCUGGGAUACCUAUGACCUUGACCUCAGGAUGCAGUGACCCUUACUGACCCCGACUCAUAAAUCCAGUGACCUGUAACGGGUGGCAUUCUGAUGGGUGGGUGGGUCAGUUCUAUAGUAUUUUUGUAGAGGAGAUUCUGAGAUUGAAAUGAAAUUGUAUUUAUUUGAAUAACUCACUAGUCCAAGAACUAAGAGAGAGAUUACAUACAUGCUAUUAAUAGUCCGGGGAGAUUUUUACUCUUGAUGUACCAAAGUUGGCAUCUUUUUGAAGUGAUAUUGAACUGCAGCAUAUUUAUAUGUGACCUCUUUUAUUGCCCUCAUUUAUCAUGGUUGUUGAAGAGAGAGGACCACAGCACAAGAUGUUAUAGUUUUCUUUGCAAUAAACAUGAACAGAGGAAAUUCAGGUCAGUCCUCUCUCUGUAUGCUAUGUUGUGGAAGUUGUGUGUGCACUCAGACUUCUGAGUACACUGUGGACUCGGGGGAACUCCUGAGUGCUGGGCAGCCAGGAAAACCCCUUGUUCAUGAUUUCCUGGUGUACUUUUCGACCAAUCAAAUUAAACCCUGAGCAAUGUUCACCCCACAUGGAGAGAACUAGUGAAUUGUAUGAUUUUAUAUUUUGCGUGGGGCGGCAGCCCACCAUUUGUAUUUAUGUUGUUCAUUUUGUGUACAGACCCCUGUUAACUCUCUGUUGUUGUAUGGAUGACUGUGAACUAUCAGUUGUCUUCUUAUGAUCUAGUUGUGCUCGGAUAUGUAACGACAAGGUUAUUUUUCACACUUCAGCAUUCAAAGCAUGCUUAUGCAUCAUUUUAAAAGAGAAAAGGUUCUUUUUUUACAAAACAUGUUUUUAUUAAUAUUGAUCUUAAAUGUAAUCAGCUGAAAUUGACAGUAUUGAAUCAUUGCACCAAUUUGAGGCUAAAGCAUGCAAUAGAGCCAGAUAUCACUGUUGAUUCUCCAUAAUUAUUUUUUUCUCUGACCUAUUUUACAAUGUGUUAUUUGGUCUUAGAUUUGUUAUUAUGCAAUCCUUGAGGGCUGUGGUUAUAUUUUACUGAUGUAUUUAUAUUAUGUAUUGUGAUUCCCCCCGUUUUAUCAUGACACCCUCCCCUGGUGCUAGGAGAUAGGUCAGACAAUGCCAUCACAAAUCUCCUGAACAAAAUCUCUCACAAACCUAGAACUGUAAUGCAAGCUCUGUCACAAACAUCAAAAAACCCAGACAAAGAGCUUUUAUUAUUUAUAGAGUGGAUGUUUUAGCAGAGUAAAAGGUGCUCAAAUUAAAUUAAUAAGAAUCUUUUUUAAACUGAAGUUUCAAGUGAAGAAGUUACAACAAAUUUUUUGUAUGUUUGUAUAAUUUUAACAGCAAUGGAAUUUUUUAUUUAUUUUCUUUUUCUCUCUCCAAAAGAAAUGAAUCUAUAGAUCUUCUCCUUGUGUAAUAUUGUAAAUUCUUCUCUCUCUUUUUAUUUAAAGAAAUGAGUUAAAAACUAGUUUUAGAUCUUUAGGAAGCCCAGAUCUGCUGAACUGAAACAAAUUCCAUGAUGCUUACUUAUAAAUCUUUUUUAUAUUCAUUGACCAAAAGCCAAACCAAAUAUGAACUCUAUCUCCUAUGCAAGAUCUCCCAUAGAAUGCAGUAUUUGUAAACCUUUUUGGCACAAAGAAACAGAAGAAGGGCAUUUAGUUCAUAAAAGAUGUAUGAGGAAGAAGCAAUAUAUUGAUGUUUUCUGCUUAAUAACAUUGGAGCAAAAUAAUGUGUGUCCGUGAAAUAUUAAUAAUGUAAACUGAUGUUAUCUAACACUGCUACAAUGAUUUAGAGUCAUUUUGCUACAGGAAUUCAGGAUAAUUUGGCCAGAGGUCAGUCAUUGAGGACUACUCUGAACAACAGACCAAACCACUUCUCACUUUUUGGUUUUGAACAGAAUUUUUUUCUCCUUUUAUCCCUUUUAAAAGGGGUUUGACAAAAUUUACAGGGUACUAGAAUAAUGAUCAAAAUUAGGAUUUGGGUGGAUCUAAGUCUAUAGGGAUUUAAGAUAAUCUAAAAGGUGAGAAAUGUCAGGAGCCAGUGUGCUCCAUUUAUAGAAAUGAAGAAGUUGAUCAAAGGGAGAUAACUAUUAGUUUGAUCAAAGGGAGAUAACUGGUGUAGAACAAAGGCCUGAUUUUAGUGUGUUUUAUACUGAAAUGUGCUACAGUGACAGAGUUAGCAAUAUUUCAGACCAGCAAUAGACAGUGCAGAUAAUUAAUUCAGACUUAGAAGUGAUCAAUUUGUGAAUGAUGUUUGCUUUUAAAAUUCUAUAGUAUUUUAAGAUGAAUAAAUCAUUGUAUAUCUUGAUUUUAA